CCCGCCCCUUCUGUUCCGCCCGCUCGCUUUUUCUUUUUUGGCUGCUUUUGUUCAUCUUUUGACUGUUUUCAUCUCGUCAACAAUUACGAGCCCGUCGCCACGCUUUCUAUAGCAAACGAAUCACAAAUGACAGUGGAAAACAACUUUUCGUUCUCGUAUGCAGAUGAAUACACGCAACUGCUGACCGAGUUGCACUCGGAUUACUGCCGAGACCAGCCGGUAGAUGUGUUGCAGUACUGUGCGAACUUCUUCAAUCGAAAACUCGAAGAACAGCGAACAAUGCUUCGCGAACAACAACGAAGCCCCAUGUUUCAAGCAAACGAAUUCCAUCCACUCGCUGGAAACGGCACAUCCGAUACCCGCAGUAUGCAAGAACACCUUAUGGAUAGCGACGACCAUAGAGAGGAGGAAGAUGAGGAAAUUGAUGAUUACGACGACGAGGAUUUUGAUGACGAAGUACGGGACAAGUUUACGACAGCACCGCUAUCAUCGUUGCCACCCACAUCGUACAACCGGGACCGACGCACGUCCGUGAGCGCCGAGUCGAUGGCACCGACACAUGGACACGACUUUGUCAAACAGGUCAUACCGAAAAGCCAAGAUCAAUGCCAACGUAUCCGGGCGAGCGUGGGCAACAAUUUCCUGUUCAAGAACCUGGACGAAGAACAAUACCAAGACGUUGUGAAUGCCAUGGCGGAAAAGCAUGUCGGCACUGGACAGACCAUUAUUGAACAAGGAGGUGUGGGUGAUUACUUUUAUGUGGUUGAGUCCGGCACGUUUGACUGUUACAUUAGUAAAGGAGACGACGCACCACCCAACAAGGUGACCAGCUAUGAGGCCGGCGGUAGCUUUGGUGAGUUGGCCCUGAUGUAUAACGCACCUCGUGCCGCGACUAUUUUGGCCACGUCCGAUGCGGUCUUGUGGGCACUAGACCGUGUGACCUUUCGCACUAUUUUGAUGGAAAACACCUCGAGAAAACGGCGCAUGUAUGAGGCGUUCCUCGAGGAGGUGCCCCUUCUGAAGUCGCUCGAGCCCUAUGAACGACACAAGAUUGCCGAUGCUUUGGAUACCGUCUACUUUGACCAGGGCGAGAAGGUCAUGACCGAAGGAGAUGUGGGUGAUCGCUUCUAUAUCAUUGAGUCUGGCGAUGCUGGCUUUUAUAAACUCGGUGUCGACGGUACACAGCAGGAAGUCAAUGUGCUAGGCAGAGGCAGCUAUUUUGGAGAGCUCGCGCUAUUAAAUGACACACCGCGUGCAGCGACGGUUGUUGCACAGAGCCGCUUGAAGUGCGCCACUCUGGGUAAAAAGGCCUUCACUCGUCUCCUGGGUCCAGUGCUGGAGAUUCUAAAGCGUAACUCUGAAAACUACCAUGCGAUUAUCAGCCAACAACAUCAAGAACAACGAUAGAUCUAUAUCCCCCACCCUUGUCCCAAUCAACUUUCCUAUCUUCCCAAUGUUUACUACUCUUCUUCUUUAUCACAACAGCAACCACAAAAUACUUACACACGCUAAAUCUCUCAUAAAAAUACAUUCAUCAUUCCAUCUCCCCACCCAACCACCACAAACCGCACUCCACGAAAAAGGCUAACACUAAAACAAAAACACCCGUCUACGACCAAUUCUUUCUUCUUCUUCUCCUUUCUUACUGUAACUUUUCUUAUCAUCAUCGCAGAUUCCUCAUGGCUUGGCGUCCUAGAAACGAUGAUGAUAUGAGGUGCCUUGUUUGUUUUUUCUGAUUAAAAAAACAAUUCUUUCUUUAGACGUUUUAUAUUACACCGACUGUUAUGCAAUGCAGUUAUUAAGAUGCUUUUUUGAUAUCUGCGUUGUUGCUGUUGCUGUUGCUGUUGUUGUUACUAUUGG